AUUUCUCCCAUUUCAAUUCAACACAUCCACAUACAAAGUUACAAACUUCAAUCCCUCUUCUUUUUCUUCUCUGUCUUUGUAAUCUGUUUGAUGGCAAUGGUGGUUAGAUGUGAAGCAUGAAGAGAAGAGGGCAGAGAAAAUUGAUGUGCUUCCAUGGCCAGUAACUGGACUUGUGCAUUUUCACUUUCAUCCACCAAAUAUAUUUGCAGCACUACAAAUACAAGUAGAAGUAAAAUUAGCUUUUGUUUUUGUUCUGGGACUAAGAUUAAGAGUCCGCAUUUUACUCCUGUUCUUUCUUCACUUACCAAAGGUGGAGUUCCCUACAAAAAUGCCCUUAUUUCUGAGGCUGUUAGGAUUUUGGGUCCACAAGCAAGGUUUGAAGCAUCAAAGUUGACGGUGGAUUUCAUGGGACAAGAAGUUGAUGACUACUCCAGAGUUGUGCCCAGAAUCUACAUUCUCUCACAUUGUGAUUUCACUGCAAAUUUAACCUUGACCAUCUCUAACAUCAUCAAUGUUGACCAGUUGCAAGGAUGGUACAGCAAGGAUGAUGUAGUUGCUGAGUGGAAGAAUUUGAAAGGGAAAAUGUGUUUAGUCGUCCACUGCUAUGUCAGCGGCCCUAACAACCUCUUACGUGAUCUGGUUGCUGAGCUACGAUAUCACAUUUUCUCCAAGGAACUCCCUUUGGUACUUCAAGCUAUUCUCUAUGGAGACUCAGCUCUCUUCAGGGAGCAUCCAGAGCUUAUGGAAGCCGUUGUAUGGGUUUACUUCCAUUCAAGUUCCCCCAAAUACAAUUGCAUUGAGUGUUGGGGCCCUCUUAAGGAUGCUUCACAAGUAAAUCAUAUAUGGGGGAUCAAGUCCGGGGCCUGUUAACAGCGAAGGACACAAAUACUCUGCAGCAACAGCCGAAACUUGAGAGUCCCAAAUCCUUUCUACAAGCUCUUUUUACUUUUCUUCUAUAAGUUGCAUUUGUACAGCAAAUUACACAAUCUUCAUUGGAAAUACAAUUCUUCUUACCCAUAUUACAACAUGAACAAUUCCAGCUCUAUGAGUCUUAGUUGAUGUAGGGAAAGCCUGAGUUCAAUGCUUUGCUUUUGUUGCUGGGAAAAACUAACAUUCAUGGGGUUUAAUUUGAUGUUUCAGCUUCUCUUUUUUCAUGUGCCCUUACGGAACUUAUCAAACAUACAAUUCUUGGAGCUACUUGGACUAUUUGUUCAUUGAUUCAUUUUAUUGAUCAAUGGCUGAUUUUUUUUUUGUGGUAUAUAAUGUAUAUUAUGUUUU